AUGGGGAAGGGGGCCAAAAACUCCCUGGCGCUCGCUGAGGCGGGGUCCGUGCUGGACGACCCCGUCUUCACCCCCUUCUUGGCCGAUGACUUCGAUGCUGCCACCUUCGCGAGCCAAGCCAUCGUGUCCGGCGGUGGAUCCGCCCCGGCUCACAUGCGGGAGCUGCGGGAGGGCAUAGACAGGCUGGAGGCAGGCAUCCGAGAGCACCUGAACACCCACCAGGACUCCCUCCUGGCCUCUGCGGGGUCCCUGGGCAGCGUGGAGGCAGAUCUGGACCGCACAUCCCUUUCCAUUGCAGCUCUGCGCAGCCUCGCCUCUCGCGUGCGAGCCGAUGUCGCCGGCCCCGCCGCGAGGGUCCGGGCACUCACUCACCAGGCGCGGGGCCUGCAGUCCACCAUCGACCUGCUGCAGCACGUGACCUACAGGCUCAAGCUCGUGUCCCAGCUCCGAGCCAGUGUCGCCAACGGGCAAGGCCUGCUGGAGGCUGCAUCGGUAGCCAGGAUCUUAGCCCAGAUCCAGUCCCUCGACGACAGCACCAGCCGGGACAUGCGAGGGGUGGAUGUGAUCAGCGCCGACGCCGUCUUCCUCCUUUCCACCCGCGAAAACGUCGUCCGGCAAGCACAGACUGCGCUGCGGGAGGGACUGUCCAGCCUGAGCCAGGCGGACGUCGGCUCGGCGCUGCAGGUCUUCUUCAACCUGGGCGGCCUGUCCGGCGCGCUGCGCGCGCACCUGGCCGCCAGCCUGGCGCGCGUGGACGCAGCCAGCACGGCGUGCUUGGACCCUCGCCGCGCGCCCGCGCGCCAGGGCGGCGCCGCGCCGGGCGCGGGCCCCGCCGACCCCGGCGGCGAGGGCCCGUGGGAGGGCCUGGCCGCCGCGCUGGGCAUGCUGCGCUCCGAGGCGGUGGCCGCCUGGCACCUGGAGCGCGUGCUGGCGCGCAAGCGGGACGCUGCCAGCGGGCUCCUCUUCGCCGAGGCGCUGCGGGGGGAGGGGACGCCCAGGGAAGGGGAUGGGGCGGCGGGGCGGGUGGAGGGGGGGCAGGGGCGGGGCGAGCCAAAUGAGGAGGCAGCCGGCUCCAGCACCACCAAAUCUGAGGCCCCCGAUUUUGGCCCUUCGCCCGUGCGCGACUUCUGGGAGGGCGCGCUGCCGGCGCUGGCGGCGCGGUUCGAGGCGGCGGCCGCCAGCGCCGCGCCGUCACGUACGGCGGCGGGCGCCCUGCGCGACGCGCUGACGGGGUCCUACCCGCGCCUGGCGGCGCUGCUGGAGGAAACCGCGGCGGCGGUGGCGCAGGUGCCGCGCUGCCUGGCCGCAGCGCUGGCCUGGCUGCCGGAGCCCGCACGCCCGCACCUCAGGUCCGCGCUGGACCAGCUGGCGGCCGUGUCCCUGGAGCUGGUGCUGCCCACGCUGAGCGCGCUGAGCGACCACCUGGAGGAGGGCGUGCUGGCGCUGCACGCGCACGGCGCAUGGCGCGCCGAGGCGGCCGAUGUGGUGGAGACAUCGGAGCCCAUGCGGCGCCUGCUGCAGCGCGUCGCACACGCCAGGCAGGAGUACCUGUCGCGCUUCCCGGCGUCCACGCUGCUGCCGCCCGCCGCCUCCGCGGCAGGCAACCUCCAGGGAUCCGCCCCGACACCCACCGUCCCGCGCGCGCUGGCACAGCGCCUGGCCGCCCGCCUGCUCUCCGUGUAUGUGCGCCACGCGUCCCUGCUGCGCCCGGUGAGCCACGCGGGGGCGCUGCAGCUGGCCAAGGACGCGGGGGAGCUGGAGGCGGCGGCCGCGCAGCAGCUGGCGCCCCUGGACGCCCUGCAGGCGCCGUAUUCCCUGUGGCUGGACGACCACUCGGAGGCGGAGGCGCUGGCGUUCAUCGCCGCGGCCGUGAUGGCCGGCGAGGCGGCGCUGAAGCAGCGGGGGCAGGGCGAGGAUGCCACGCUCGCGGCCAUGCGCAUGGUGCUGCAAGCGCACGCGCCGCCGACAGGGGCCUGA